AUGAAUAUUUCUUUCGGCACCACUAUACCUUCUUCCCCAUUCAAUUUUUUUGGAGGGAAUAAUGACCAUGGAGGUUUCUCAUCGAUAAACAGUGGGACUACAGAUGUAUCCUCGAAGGCAAAGAGGACAGGAUUGCCACAUUUUGGUAACCGUGAUAGUGCAUCUCAAAAGCAAUCAAAAAAAAAGCCCUCGAAUAAACCUAUAACUCAUGAGCCCGAAAGAACUAUCAAACAUAAACCAAUGAGUAAUAAGUACAUGAAACUUCGUAUCCCUCAAUCAAGCGAUGCAGAUAUAGGAGCAUUGAUCUCGGAACCCGAGAGAUUAGGGUUUAGUCAUGUAGAACACAAGUUACGUCCCAUGCCACGAUUUUUAAUCGGUCAACAAGCUCAGUUGAAACAAAAAAAGUUUCAACCUGAUUCAUGGGACAGAGCAAAUCAAGAUAAAAUGCUAAAGCUGGAAAAUUCUAUUGAAGAUGUAACAGAUUUAUACGAAACGCUGAAGAAAAUGAGAGAUGUGGAAAGAAAAAUCAUGGAAAAUAAAGGCUUGGUAGACAAGGCAGAUUCAGCCAAGGAUUUGACAGAGGCAAUUAGUUUUCAAGGUACCUGUCUGGAUAUGUGUCCCAUAUUUGAAAGAGCUAGAAGAAAUGUUGAAUAUACUGUGUACUCUUACGAAAAGGAUGAUCCCAGUGGGAAGAAAGCCUCAAGAUCCAAGGCUUUGAAAGUGUUUGCUCGUCCAGCAGCCGCAGCAGCACCUCCAUUGCCAUCGGAUGUCAGACCACCUCAUAUAUUGUCACUUACACUUGAUUAUAUCAUCGAUAAUCUUUUAGUUACGUUGCCUGACAGUGAAGGUUUCAUAUGGGACAGGAUGCGUUCCAUACGACAAGAUUUUACAUAUCAAAACUAUUCUGGACCCGAAGCUAUUGAGUGUAAUGAAAAAAUUGUUCGCAUACAUCUCUUGAUUAUUCAUGUUAUGGGAAAAUCAAAAAAUGAAUUUUCAUUACAGCAGGAAUUAGAACAAUUGCACAAAUCAUUAAUUACUUUAUCAGAAAUAUAUGAUGAAGUCAGAGCAAAUGGUGGAAACUGCCCCAAUGAGGCAGAAUUUAGAGCGUACGCACUUCUGAGCAAAAUCAGAGACCCAGAAUAUGACAAGAAUAUUCAGGAACUGCCAAUUCAUAUUUUUCAAAAUGACCUUGUUCAGCUUGCUCUUUGUUUCAGAAGAUAUGUUUCAAAUUCGAGCUUUCACAAGAGAGGAUUUAUAAGAACUGAAAAUUGCCUUAAUUUUUACAACGCUUUUUUUCAAGUUUUGAACUCUGGACGAGUUCCAUUCUUAAUGGGGUCCUUUUUGGAGCUUUAUGUCAAUGAGGUAAGAUUUUAUGCCUUCAAAGCUCUAUCGCUAUCAAUAAACAAAAGGCAUAAACCAAUUCCAUGCGAUCAUUUGAUAGAAACGUUUCUAUUUAACAGUAAGGAGGAACUUGAAGAUUUUUGCAAAUAUUAUUCUAUUGAUAUUACUGAUGAGGGUGUAGAAUUGAAAACAUUAACACAUCAUUCCCACAAGUUGAACGAAAGUCAACCACUUAAGCAAGCUUCACUUAAAUGCGUCGAUGAUCUGCUCCUUGGUACUUCAUUUCCUGAACUUAUUAAUUCUGGAAAACCGACUGUUUAUACAAUACCAAACAACAACAUCGGGAGCACAAAUCACGCUGGACACCAAAUUGAUGAAAUGGAACAAGAAGAAGAUGGUAAUGAGGAGGAAGAACAGGAAGAGGAGGUCGAAGUAGGUGAAGCCAAUAGAGAGAGGGAAACGGGACUUGAAAACGAAGCAAACACACGAAAGAUUAAUUACAUUUCUACAGAGCAAAAUAAUUUCGUGAUGCCCUCUUUAACGAAACAAGGUGUCGCAACAGAAAAGGUUUUGGGAACACAGCAACCACAGUUCGAUCUUAGUUCAUCUUCUCCUACAAUUAUACCAAGGAGGGGGUUUAAAAAUGAAUUUUCAUCUAAUAAUAUCCUUCCUGGCGCUGCAAGAACUAACAAUUCAAAUCAAGGAGAUAUAAAUUUACUGCCCGACGGUAAUGCUAAACUUGCUGCAAAGGAAAACAUAAAGGAAAGAUCACUUUUAGAAGAUGGUACAAAAAACAGACUCCAAUUGGUGCCAAAAGCAGUAGAAAGAAAGAAAGCGAAGAAUCUUGAAAUUGAAGCUGAGACGAUUCAAUUAAAAAAUCAAGCCGCUCGUGAUAUAUCCAAUGAAAUUAUCAAAAAGGUUGUUCAAGAUAUGAUGACAACAAUAGCCAAUGAUGCAAUGCAGAAAAAAAUUAUCGAAAAGCGGAAUAUUAAUAAGCUGACUGGAGAAUUGUAUUACGCUUUCUUACACGAGAAAAUUUACAAUAUUUACCUUGGAUCGAGAGCGGAAGUCUUUCGGGAGAGGAAGUUGAAAUCACGGGGGUUUAACAAAUGGAAAAUGUGCUAUAAAACGCGAAAGGAAGAGAGAGACACUGAGAAUAAGAGGAAGGCUGAAUUUCAAAAUGCUGGACGACAGCUUGGUGUACCUUUACUCAAAAAGUCAAAAAUCUUUUCAACUCCUUGUAACAACGGGGCUUCCUCGUUCGUUCUUCCACAUUCUUUAGGGAAAGACAUAACAUUUUCGCCAGUUUUUGAUGAAGCUAAUAUUUUUUCGAAACAGACUGAGAAACGUCUUGAGGUUUGGGAACCCAUGGACACAAAAAGUAUAUAUUUUGAACCUUUGCGCGAUAAAUGUAAAUCCCUAAAGCAUCAGGUAACGCUAUCUAUCUUCAUCUACGGAACGAGUUGGACUUCAAUUCCAAACAAUUGGGCGAUGAGUAAAUUUGGGAAAUCAGAUCCUUCAAAGGAAACCAUUUUGCAAGACGAAGUUUUAAAGUUGAGUAUACACUGUAUUGAUUCGACCUACAAUCCAGCAUCUUUCGCAAAUUUGCAACUGCUGGUUUUCAAUACCGGUGUUACUGAUUCAAAUAUUUUCGAUCUGGAGAUGAAAUUACAACAAGAUGGCGAAGAAUUGAUCAAACUAGCAACUGGUAUUUCUUUAAAUACCAAUGUUAACUUUAGUAUACUUAUUCUUUACUGGGAAUCAACAGAGACACCUUUAUCGGAUGCCACAAUUUUUAGGUGUUUGAAAUUGAAUCGCAUUUCCAAGAGUUUCUGCGGCAUCUUGGAGGAUAUAAAUAUCGUUGCAAUUAGUGGCAAUUCACCUCACGCAGAAUUAGAAAGGGUCCUUAAGCAAGUUGCGAAUCGAUUCCGUUAUAAGCUAACAGAAAGAGGAAAAUAUCAUGCAAGCUUACGACAAACAAAUUCAACGGUUAAAUCACGUCACCAACCAAGAACCACGCAGGCCAUCGACGAAAAAAUGCGGCAUAUGUUGGAAUCAGAGCAAAGAAAAUACAAGGAGGAGGAAGAUCAGCGUAACACGUAUGCUCAUCUAAAGUCGCACAUCGAUGCUUCCCCGAAGAAUGAGAAAAAGAAGUUACCAGUUCUCUUAUCCAAGCGAAAAGACUAUAAAUUCAAGACGCCCCUUGCAAUCAGAUCGCUAUCAUCAUCCUCGCCUGCCAUACCUUCCCAUUUAGCGACAAAGAUGCGCAGAGCACCAAGGGUACCUAGUUACCACGGUGUUCUAGCAGGCGGAACCCCCAGUCAUAGCACCAAUCUGCCAGUCGUGCCCAUAAGCACUGGUUGCAUGUUAAAUUCUGCUACAGACUACUCGCAGAUCUCCAAUUCCUCCUUCGAGCACCCAACGGUAAUACACGAGCCUGAUUUAUACCAAACACCGCUCAAUUCCAACACUAAUGUAACCAGUCGGCCAAGUAACAUAUCUGAGGCCGCACAGGACGACAGCAUAAGUGAAGACGUUCUGGAAUUGAAAGAUUUGAUUGAGUCUGUGAAAAGAAAAGUCCACAACAAAUGA